UUUUUUUUUUUUUUUUUUUUUUAGAUUUAGAGGGGUGGGGGCAACGUACUUUGAAGUCAUAUGGUCUUGAUGAAGGAAGUAGAUAGGAGCCUGACCACAAAGCUAAGUUUCCAGCCUACAGUGCUGUUUCCUGCCUUUGAUUGGAUGGGGCCCAAGAGCUAGACAUGUUUCCAGAGUCCAGACCGUUGCUCAAAGGAUACAGUACCUUCUACAAGCCAGACGUUCAUACAGAGUCACAAGAAAUCCAGAGAAACUCUGGCUCAGGGGGUGUCAAGACAGGAUGCUUUUUGCUUUUUUUUUUUUUUAACAAGAGGGAUUAAAUAUUGUGUAUAGAUAUACACAUUUGUAAUCUAGCACUUGGAAGUCUGAGGCAGGAGGAUCACAAAUUUGAGGAUACUCAGACUAUACCAGCAAGAUCCUGAGUCAAAAAGAGGGGAGAAGUUAGCUUGUCAGAGGCAGAAUGCUCUUCUCAUCCCAAAGCUAGUAUUAGAACUUUUCAAAGUGGGGCUCCCCUCCCCCCAUCCUCCCACCUCCUUCCUCCCUCCUUUAAGACAGGAUCGUACCAUGUCCCUUUGGCUGCCCUGGAACACACUAUAUAGACUAGAAUGGUUUUGAACUCCUAGAUUUUUGAGCUGUGGAAAUUGUUCUGGAACAUUUCGAGAGCAUCGGUUCUCCUUCCCUAGAUACAUAUUGCCUGGAGUUGUUGGUAUAUAAGCCCACUGCCAUGUGCCACCAGCCCUGGAUGGGUUCCGGCAGGCCUAAGCCUUUUCCAGUACUUGCUUGUAGCAUACACCUGUAAUACUAGCACAUAGGAAAUAGAGGCAGGAGGAUCAGGAGUUCAGGAUUAUCUUUGGCUGCAUAGUGAAUUAGAGGCCAGCCUAGGCCAUAGAUGACUGUUUCAAAAAAACAAAACCAGAAGGUGGAGAGAUGGCUCAGCAGUUAACCUAGCCAGGCAGUGGUGGCGCGCGCCUUUAAUCCCAGUACUUGGGAGGCAGAGGCAGAUGGAUUUCUGAGUUGGAGACCAGCCUGGUCUACAGAGUGAGUUCCAGGACAGCCAGGGCUAUACAGAGAAACCCUGUCUCAAAAAACAAAACAAAACAAAACAAAACAAAACAAACAAACAAACAAACAAAAGAUGUCAACUUAACAACUACUUAUAACUCCAGGGAUAUGACAACCCUCCCUUUGGCCUCCUCAGGUAGGAUCAUAAACUCUUUGUCUGUCUGUCUCUCUCUCUCUAAUACACACACACACACACACACACACACACACACACAUCUUUUUUUAAAAGCCCACCAAACAAAAAAGAUUUAGCAAUUUUUUUUUUUGGAGACAGGGUUUCUCUGUGUAUCCCUUGGCUGCCCUGGAACUCUCUGUGUAGACCAGGCUGGCCUUGAACUCACAGAGAUCCACCUGCCUCUGCCUCUGCAUUCGCCUCCAUUCCUGAUUUAGGAAUUCCUUAGUGUUGAAAUCCAGGAAGAGCUCUUCCUGUCCCACCUACCGUUUUUUUUUUUUAUGAAUCAUCAUGGCUGGAUUGGGUAAUUUAGACGAACAACUGCCUUGUGGCCCUACCUGCUGGAUCUUCCUUCCUCGGUUGUACAUCCUUGCUGAGAAUUGUGGUGUGGUAAGGCCUGUGACCGUCGGAUUCCUGACCAGUGGGCGCAUGGGCAUAGCCAGGUAACCAGCGGAGAGACCAUCUGCCCUGCUUGCUUUGAUCCCUUCUCCCAGAGGUCAGGCUGUGGCCGCCCGGUGCCUGACAGGUGAGGAAGAGCCUGCCAGGGGAUCACUGCCAACAGGAGCCAAGGGCAGAACAGCCUCACCCUAGAAGCAGGGGUGGGCAGGGCAGUUGCCCUGCCAAGGCCAACAGUCCCAGGAAGGAGUCUGGAGUCCCAAUGAGGACCACGUAAGCUCUCCUGAUCCACAUGGCUUAGAGUCUGGCACCUUGCUGAGCAGCAGCUGUUCCCAGCUCCAGACGACCCCACAGCACAGAGUAGGGGACCAGCCCCUCUGAUGGGAGGCAGCAGGCCAGACGCUCCGCAGAAGGUCUUGGGUUUUUGUAGCCCUGACGCCCAUGAAGAUCACUGGUUUUCUUUCUGGCCUUGAGUCAGGCUCUUUUCCCCUGGCUAAGGAGUUGGACCAGGACGGCCUGCAAGUGCGAAGAGGACUCGUGCAUGGAAUGCAGGCCCCCUGAAGCCCGUGCACCCUCUGCUGUAAUCAGGGUUCCAGGGAUUCCCCACUGCAGGGGAGCAGGGGCUGCCUUAGCGUCUGCUCAUGAGCCACAAGGACCCAGACUGCUCCAGACUGGACCUUUUCAAGCCACCAAAGAGGGGGGACCCCGGAGCUGGCAGCCAGCACUCACAAGGGACUAGAGGGCUGAGAUGGACUGACCUCUGCCUUGACGGGGUGGCAGAAGACGCAGAAUCUUUGUGGCCCAGCUAGUGACUGAGAGAGACCCGAGGAAGUUCUGAGCGAGAGGCUCUGGUGGCUCAGGGACGGUGGGAGGGGGGGGCUAUUCCUGCUUUCCCCUUUUGUUGAGGGAAGGUGUGGCAAGAGUCCCCUGUCACGCUUCGUGCCCCUAUGCCCUUUCUACGUGCUGCCAAAACAAGCAGGCUGCGCCGUGGCUGGCCCCGCAGCGGGCCGGGAAAGGAUUGGCCACGGUGACAGCCACCCCGUGGCCAGCACGAUGAAGUGCUCUCUUCGGGUGUGGUUCCUCUCUAUGGCAUUCCUGCUGGUGUUCAUUAUGUCCCUGCUCUUCACCUACUCGCACCACAGCAUGGCUACCUUGCCCUACCUGGACUCGGGGGCUCUGGGCGGCACACACCGGGUGAAGCUGGUACCAGGCUAUUCAGGACUACAGCGCCUCGGCAAGGAGGGGCUUUUGGGGAGAAAUUGUGCCUGCAGUCGCUGCAUGGGUGACGCCAGCACCUCUGAAUGGUUUGACAGCCACUUUGACGGCAACAUCUCACCCGUCUGGACCAGAGAUAACAUGAACCUCCCCCCGGAUGUCCAGCGGUGGUGGAUGAUGCUACAACCCCAAUUCAAGUCACACAACACCAACGAAGUGCUGGAAAAACUGUUCCAGAUCGUGCCUGGCGAGAACCCCUACCGCUUCCGGGACCCCCAACAGUGCCGGCGCUGUGCUGUGGUCGGGAACUCAGGCAACCUUCGGGGCUCUGGCUAUGGACAAGAAGUGGACAGCCACAACUUUAUCAUGAGGAUGAAUCAGGCACCGACUGUGGGCUUUGAGAAGGAUGUUGGCAGCCGAACAACUCACCAUUUCAUGUACCCAGAGAGUGCCAAGAACCUGCCUGCCAAUGUCAGCUUCGUGCUGGUCCCCUUCAAGGCCCUGGACCUAAUGUGGAUUGCCAGCGCCCUCUCCACAGGACAGAUCCGAUUCACCUAUGCCCCAGUGAAGUCCUUCCUUCGAGUGGACAAAGAGAAGGUCCAGAUUUACAACCCAGCCUUCUUCAAGUACAUUCACGACAGGUGGACCGAGCACCACGGGCGCUACCCUUCCACAGGAAUGCUGGUGCUCUUCUUUGCACUACAUGUGUGUGAUGAGGUGAACGUGUAUGGGUUCGGGGCCGACAGUCGAGGCAACUGGCACCACUACUGGGAGAACAACCGGUACGCGGGCGAGUUCCGGAAGACAGGCGUGCAUGACGCCGACUUCGAAGCCCACAUCAUCGACAUGCUGGCCAAGGCCAGCAAGAUCGAGGUCUACCGAGGGAACUGAGCGGCCCUGAGCGCCUUCAGAACCAGUCACUUCUGGGUCCGGCAAGCGCCGGUUGCAGCCCACCAAUCAGACUGCGCCGUCCCCAGCAACCAAUCAGUGCUGCAGUUGGGAGGAGCUUCUUUCUUAGCCAAUCACGCAACUCAAGGAGAAUUUCCGGCGCCGCCGUCUCCACCAAUCAUGGCCUUGGGAGGCGGCGGGCCUCGACCCCCUCCCCUAAACCUGCUUUGGAUAAGAAUUUUGAUGCUUUUUAAGAGGCGGGUCUGGGGCUGGGCAGGAGCGCCUUGAACUGCUCAUUUCCAGCUUAGGCCGGGUGGGUGAGUGAAGCCAUCCAAAGAAAUGUGGUUCCGGUGAGACACUCUCCAGGGCUUUCCGUGGCGCACCAGGUAGUAGGGGGUUGAAUUCACCCCCUGUUGGGUUGAUCUCCCUAGGGCCUCACUAGUGUCAGGAACGGGUAGGAAGCUUCACCGGGUCACAUGCAAGGUGCUUCUCUCACAUGUGCCCUCACUCCUGUCUCCUACCACCUUCUCAGCGUCUGUCCUUAGGUCCUGGGCCUCCUCUCCAGCUCACCUGUUGAUUCGGAGACAAAGUGAGACCACCCUGACUCGGCUGCUUUUGCUCUCCCACACGUGACCCGUGUCUUUAGCCCUAAGGCGCGAGAGAGCAACACGGUUGGACAGUUGGCUGGAAAGGAGAUCCCUGAGCAUGUACCGUUUUCUUUCAUUGUCACCCCAAAGAGGAGCAGGCAGCCUCUUGCUUGGGGGUAGGAUUUGCUUUGGACUCAUGCUUUAGUUACCCUCAAGCUGCCAGGGAUGGCGAUCCAACCAAGAUUGCUUGACAAUUGUUUGCGGGGCCUCGCGCAGAUGGCUCGGAGCUUUGCUGGGGAGGAGCGGAUUGGUGGCUGCCCUGCAUGCCUCCUCCUGUCCGCACCUUUACCCUGCUUACUCGCCUGUUCUAACCUACUCUCCAGCUCCAGAAGGGCCGCUCAGUCAAGAAUCAGGGGUUACAACUGGAAGCUACUUGCAUGACUUGGUCACAGUUGAGGUUCACUGGGAGAAAGGGCUUCAGUGAAUGUCUCAGGCCGCAGAAAACACGUCCCUGCUGCAGCGUCCACAUAAAUAUUUCCCAUUCUUAAUGAGUUCACAUUACCAAGCAGCCUGGUUGGGGGACAGUCACACAUAAGGGAGAGUGUUAAGAGGUUUGGGAUGAGGCAACAACCCUAAAAACUAAUACAUGGAGAACUUUGCUCGAGUCUGUUCCUUCCCAGUUUCAAAAGCACGGGUGGAGGAAAAAAAAAAAGGGAGGGGCGUAUAGCAGAACCUCUCAGGGCUCGAACCAUCGCACAUAGUCACCGUUCCAGUUUUUGCCUGUCUCAUCUCUGCUCUCAAGCUGCUGUGAUGAGAAACGGGAAAGCAAUGCAAUUAUGCCAAACAGUAUUGAGAAGAGUAAUUUAUUUUUCUUCCCUUUGUUUUGUUUAAAUCAUGAAUCCCCAUUCUAGAAAAGGUAGGUCCCAGAAUCUACAUCUUUUUCUUCUAGAGUUAUUUAAACAUUCAACUUUCCCUUCCGUUUCUUUCCCUGAAUUAAAAAGAACAAAGCCCAUAGAGUCACUCAUCUGUUCUGAACUGCACCAUCCUAGGUGUCUAAGGAGGUAAGGGUGUUUGGGAGAACAACACAACUCUGAUACCCUCUUACGGCUGAGGAGUCUAGUUCAUGGGCUCUGUUCACUGAAGUCCCCCCUAAGGACUCUGAGUAUUAUGGUUUAAAAAAAAAAAUCAACUUAUUAUGUCAGGCAUGGUGGCAUGUGCCCUUAAUCCUAGCAGUUGAGAGGCUGAGGGGCAGGAAAAGAAGUUAAAGGCUAGCCUCAGCUACAUGGUAACUUUCAAACUAACCUGGGCUACAUGAGACCUUUCUUAAGGGGGAAAAAAAGGAGCAAAAAAUCUCUAGUGAGUUCUCUCACGAGUUCUGACAUUUUUCUGCUUAGCCCAAUCGUGCUGUGUGGCCCACAGCUUGUUGCCAGUACAAAGUGCUAUGCAAAGGAAGAGUUCUCUGGGAGAGCUGCGGAGGGCAGAUAGUGCCUCUCUGAGUUUUGCCUGUCACUAAGGAUAAAUGCUUAAACUUCAGUAGGGUAACUGGAAAACAGGGGGGAAUGUUGGGUCUGCACCUUAAACUACUCACUAAAAUAGGUCGUAUGGAUCUUAGAACUAAAUUAAAAAAAAAAAAAAA